AUGGUGGCUAAAUCUGUGGAAGCAAGUGAAAUGCCUGUCAUAUCACAAGCCGUCGAUGCGCUAAUGCCAUCCAUAACUGAGAAGACCAAUUCCCAAACGAAUAUUUCGCUCUCAGGAAAGACAAAGGAUUUAAAAUUCGGUACUUCUGACGAGAAUCACAAGGCGGAGAAUUGCAGUGCGCAACGCGAAGCAUGUGCAGCAUCACAUAAUGAUGGGAAUUCGAUGAAAGAAAUGCAGAUGGCGAAAAAUGAUAAAAAUUUUUCACUUUUCCAUAUACAGGACGAGGUAGCUAAUGACGAUGGCAACAGUAUAACAUUAAUAUAUAGGAAAUAUAAGCUGGCUUCUACUCCCGAAUCUACUGUGUAA